UUCAAAAUUAUAAUAUAAAUAUCUGAAUGAAAACGGGUCUGGCGUUUCUGUUCUCUUACGUAUCCAUCAUCAUCGCCCACAAUUUCAUGUUUCACUGUAAUCAGACCUCCAAUCUCGAAAUGAAUAUAUAGCACCUUCUUCAUAAAUUAAAAUUUUCAGUGCUUUUCAUGGAAUCCAGUUCCGUAGUUCUUCGACAAGGAUGCUAGGUGGAGUGUAGAUGACACUGAUGCAGACAUCAUAUUACUCCAUAAAUCUUUCAUCAAAUUUCAAAAUCAAUAAAAGUGAGAGAAAUGGAAGAGUCACGGGACCCAUUACUUCAACCUAAUAAUGUGACUGAAUCUAUGAAUGCCAAUGGGGAUAACUCAAGAUUCAACCUUAUUAAUCGUGGGGGGAAGAACCAGAACUUCAUAGGGCCUGGUUUUCCCGGGUUAAAAAAACGAGGUCAUGCUCUUGGAAACCGUUCUUGGAUUAAAAUAGAGCAAAAUGGGAACUCAAAAGUUGUGGAAUUGGAUAAAGCUACUGUAAUGAGACAUUGUUGUUUACCAGCUAGAGAUCUUCGGCUUUUGGAUCCUGUUUUUAUCUAUCCUUCAACAAUUUUAGGGCGUGAGAAGGCUAUUGUUGUUAGUCUUGAGCAGAUUAGAUGUAUAAUUACAGCUGAUGAGGUGUUUCUUAUGAAUUCACUUGAUGGAUCUGUGGUUCAAUAUAAGUCUGAAUUGUGUAAACGCCUUCAGGAAGAGAAUCAUUCGGAUGACCUACCAUUUGAGUUUAGGGCACUUGAACUAGCUUUGGAGUUUACCUGCCUCACUCUUGAUACUCAGGUUAAAGAGUUGGAAAUGGAAAUUCAUCCUGUUCUUGAUGAAUUAGCAAAAUCAAUAAGUACCCUCAAUCUUGAACGUGUUCGUAGAUUCAAAGGCCACCUUCUUGCAUUGACUCAACGUGUGCAAAAGGUUUGUGAUGAAAUAGAACAUCUAAUGAACGAUGAUGGAGAUAUGGCUGAAAUGUAUCUAACUGAAAAGAAACAAAGAAACUCAUGCAACGAUUUAUACGAUCAAGUUCAAGGUAAUAUUAUUUCAACUUCAACAAUGGGAACGGUGGGGCCCACACUGGGAAUGGGAAUGGUGUCAAAAUCUGCCCCGGUUUCUCCUGUGGGGUCCACAAGUGCAAGUGGUUCACUUAAACUGCAAAGGGCGUUUAGUAACAUAAGCUCCCAUAAUAAACAUGGAAGCCUGUUGAGUUCAUCUGUAACUGGUGAAACUGAAAACAUUGAUCAACUUGAGAUGUUGCUGGAAGCUUACUUUGUUGGAAUCGACAACACUCUAAACAAGUUGCUUUCUCUCAAGGAAUAUAUCGAUGACACUGAAGAUCUCAUCAACAUUAAGCUUGGAAAUGUUCAAAACAAGCUGAUUAAAUUCGAGCUGCUUUUAACAGCUGCUACAUUUCUAGCAACAGUAUUUGCAGUUGUGACAGCUGUAUUUGGAAUGAACUUUGAAGACGAUGUUUUCAACGAGCCAAAUAGAUUCAAUUGGGUUGUUACCAUCAGUGCAACUUUAUGUGGGGUUUUGUAUAUCUGUUUCUUGUUUUAUUUCAAACAUAAGAAAGUUUUCCCUCUCUAG